GUGUGUGUCUCGCUGUGAUCACGCUCAGACCAACCGGCGACAGUGUGUUGGUUAGCUCUAGCGCCGCUAACGUGACAGAGGAAGAUUCAACAGGCUGUCGCUCGAUUUUCACCCAUUAAACUCAUAAUCAGAGCUGCAGAGUUCACAUCAGCAUGUUUAACCCUCACCAGCAGCAGCAGCAGCAUCAGUUUCAUCAGCAUCUGCGGCAGCUUCAGCAUCUGUUUCAGCAGCAGACUCCUCCUCCACCUCCUCCUCCACCACAGCCUCCUCCUACUCAUCACAUCACACACACACACACACGGCCCAUGGCAGUUCCUGCUCCAUCUCCUGCUUCUGCUCGUAUGGUGAACCUGUGUUCAGCCACGCAGGCCAUCAUCGCUCCCAACCCCAUGCUGCAGGGGGCGCUGCUCAUGCAGCAGAUGCAGGCGGGUGGCAUGCGUGGCUUUGCGAUGGGGGGCCAGCAGUUUCCUCAGUUCUUCACUGCGGGCUCCAGAGCGUCUCUUCUGGGACCCGUCCCGAUGGGAGUCGCCAUCAAGACCCCACACAUGGGAUUCCAGCGCCACUUCACGCCACACGCGCGCUAUUACACCAACGAGUUUCAGGCUCGUCAGCCGGACAGAAAGAGGGAAAACGAGCAGAAAUCUGCGGGCAGCCAAUCAGAAGCCAGCAGCAGCAGCAGCAGAGCAGAUCCGGGAUGUCAGGAGUCUUCAGAGCAGCCCGAUGAACCAGCGGCCAAAAAACACAAAACACAAGAGUCAGAGGAGCCUGUGGAGACAGAAUCAGCUCAAAGUGCGGAGUAUAAGAGCCCAGAUCCUGCAGAGCUCACUCUGCAGGAGGGAGGAGACGUGGACGCUGAAGCAGAUGAACCGAGUCAAGCGGCCGAGGUUGAAAGCACAGAAGCUCCAGAUAAAGACGUCGAGCAGCAGAUCAGUGACGGUCCAGACGAGAACACGGUCUCUGAUUCAGUGCUUGAGAUCAAGGAGACCUCAGACACUCCUGAGGAGGUCAAAGACGGAGAAACAGAGACCUCCAACAAGUUCUUCUGCUAUAUUUGCAACAUCACUUGCCAUAACCAGCAAAAUUUCCAGAGCCAUAUGAACGGCCUGACGCACCAGCAGAAGAUGAUGGAGAUCCAGCACAUGAGCAACGCGUGUCUCGUAACCCUGCUGCCGCGAGUCCAGGAGACCCUGCAAGGAGCUCACAGAGACGGUGAGAAGAGAGCAGGUCUGCAGAGAUGGUGCUCCACCUGCCAGACGCACUUCACCACCAACGUCAUGGAGCAUCGCAGAACCACGGAGCACAAGCGCUGCAUCCGCUCGUCCAGCUCCAGCUGCACCGUCUGUAAGCUGCACUUCAGGACACACAGAGAGUUUGUGGAGCACAUGCAGUCUCCGGAGCACCAGCAGCGAGUCCAGCAGCUGUGGAAGGAGUCGGAUCAGAUGAACACCGACAUGUUUCUGGGUGAAGAGGACGGAGAGUGCAGCGAUGAGGAGAGGGAGGAAGAGGAGAACGGGAAGGAGGGUCUGUCUGCGCAGAUGGAGGUCACACUGGAGGAUCUGACCGAAGACGAGGAGUUCGACUCGGACACAGUGUACGGCUCCAGUUUCGUGGUGCCCGUGGCUGGUUUCCUCUGUCGUCUCUGUGGUCAGUUCUAUCACUUUGAGUCUUCGGCUCGACACACACACUGCAAGACGCUCACACACUUCCAGAAUCUGAAGCGUUACAAAGCUUUACUGAAGCAGGAAGACUCCGUCUCGAGUCCAGAUCAGACGUCAGUCCUCACGAAGACCCCAGCCUCCUGCAGCACCUCACCUCCCAGCUGCACACAGGAAGUGCAGCCGCACGCACAGGAAGAGGCGGAGCCCGAGGGGAAGAGCGUCCGGGGCCGCGGCCGCACUCCUGCUAAGAGACGAGGACGAGGAGCGAGACGACGCUGACACACACUUCAGAGGACCCUAGUGAAAGCACCCGUCCUGUUUGUCAGGAGAAGGGAAUGAUGGGAUACGCUUCAUUAACAUGUUCAGCUCAGUCCAGCCCAAAACCAACAAGAUCUACAUCCAGAUUUAUCAUCAGAAUUACAUGAGAAUUCUGAAAACAGCUCUUUUUAAAGCAAUUCUCCAGCAUUUAAUAAAUAUGUACACACUGCAAAAAAAUGCUUUUCUAACUGAGAUUGUCUUUGUCUUGUUUCCAGCCGAAGGAUUUUGUUUAAAAAGUCAGUUUUUGCUUCGAACAAGUAUAAGAAUCUGCCAGUGAUGUAAGCACAAUACUGUUAUUUUAAACAGAAAACUUGUUCUAAGCAAAAAAUGACUUCAUUUUGACUUUAAUAGAAAAUCAUUUUAGAUAUGUAUUGAAAACCAGACAAAAACAUCUAAGUAAAAAUCUUUUUUGCAGCAUUUAUAUAUAUAUACAUAAGUAUGUGUAUGUAUGAUUGAGAUAUAUAUAUAUAUAUAUAUAUAUAUAUAUAUAUAUAUAUAUAUACACACACACACACAUAUAUAUAUAUAUAUAUAUAUAUAUAAUGUUUUUAAUAUAUAAUUAUAUUUAUGUUUUACAUACCGUAUUUUCCGGACUAUAAGUCACACUUUUUUUCAUAGUUUGGCUGGUCCUGCGAAUUAUAGUCAGGUGCGACUUAUUUCUCAAAAUUAAUUUGACAUGAACCAAGAGAAAACAUUACCGUCUCCAGCCGCCAGAGGGCGCUCUAUGCUGCUCAGUUCUCCUGUAGUCUACACUGAACACAUAGAGCGCCCUCUAGCGGCUGGAGAUGGUAAUGUUUUCUCUUGGUUCUAAAUAAAUGCGACUUAAAGUCCGAAAAAGACGGUAUAUAAAUAUAUUAUUAGUUAUAUAUAAUAAAUAUGCUUUUAGGACCAUUAUUUAUUGAACUGUCCCUGAAUUCUCAUUUAAUGUUUGAUGAUAAUUGCACAGCUUCUCCCCAGUUCUCCGUUACAGUGAUGUGAAAUAUGAUCCUCGUUACCACAAAGAUAAAAUAGCAUUAUAGCAAAACAGUCGCUCCACUGAAUUUAAUGUGUGCGGUUUUUAAUCUUAAAAAAUGAAUAAUAUGGUGUGCAGACAGAAAGAUUUUGCGUUACAUGAUCAGUGUGUGGUUUUGGUGCUGUUUUCUGAGAGACUCUAGAAUGUAGCAGAACUGAAACACAUCUGACUGUGUCACACACACACACACACACACACACACUGUUCUGAGCAACACACAGGACUAGCGCUUCGAGUUUAGUGAAGGUCUGUCCAGCUGAGUGUGUUUCUGGACAAUCUCACAAAACAUGAAAGAAAGAGAGAAGAAAAUUAUAUUUUGCAUCAAGAAAAUGAAGCCAAUUCUUAGGAUUUUUUGUUUUCUACUGACAUUAUUUUCAUGACCAUUAAGCACAUUGUCCCCUCAAUCUCAGUUCUAAAAAAACACUUAAAAUUAUAUUUAUAUAGUGUAAUAUUACAAUAAACUAGAAGUACAAUUCCAGUAAUGAGAAAAACAUUUGACAAUAGUUACAAUUAAUAAAUUAACUAAUACAAGCUAAAACAUCUGAAUGCUUUAUGUGUAUAUAUAUACCGUAUUUUCCAGACUAUAAGUCACACUUUUUUUCAUAGUUUGGCUGGUCCUGCGACUUAUAGUUAGGUGCGACUUAUUUAUCAAAAUUAAGAGAAAUGAACCAGGAGAAAACAUUACCGUCUCCAGCCGCCAGAGGGCGCUCUAUGCUGCUCAGUUCUCCUGUAGUCUACACUGAAGACAUAGAGCGCCCUCUCGCGGCCGGAGACGGUAAUGUUUUCUCUUGGUGCUUGGUUCUAAAUGAAUGCGACUUUGUUUUUUUCCUCAUCAUGACGUAUUUUUGGACUGAUGCGACUUAUACUCAGGUGCGACUUAUAGUCCGAAAAAUACAGUAUAUAGAUAAUUUUUAUCAUGAUAAGAAUUGGGGAUUAAAAUGUGCAUAAUAAGCAUGGAAAAGACUUUAAAAAAAGUAUUGAUCUAAGUAUGCUUCCUUUGGAGUAAAAGUUGAUUUCUUUUUUUCUUCUGAGCAUUUAGGAGUGGAAGUUGACCUGGACGUGUGUGUGAUUCUUGUGUUUGUGGCAGCUGUAUAUCAGAGGAGUGUGUGUGUGUGUGUGUGUGUGUGUUGAACACUUGAGACAUCAGCAGACUCGAUCAAAACCAGCAGCUUUUAUAUUAACAACUAAACUCUUCUCACUCCAUACAGCAUCAGACCGCAUUUCACCCCAAAGCCAAAGAAAUGGACAUCUGAACUUAAGCCAAUUUUAGUAUUUUUUUUGUUGCAUUGUCACCAUAUUUACAUGACAAUUAAACACAUUUUUACUUUUUUUUCUUUUUCAGAUCUUUGUUUUGUAAUUACGUUUAUGCUGUAUUUGUAAUCACCGGCAGUGUAACAACACCACCCUGAUGCAUAAGUACUUUUUUGUUUAUCAUUGGUUUUGGGGUGAAAUGUGAGCAGGUCGUGUUCUCUUCGACAGGAAGACAUUGAUCAUCAGAUGCAUGUGAUCAGAUCUAGAGAUGAUCUCUGUACUGUAUUCAGAUUACAGUAAAUGUUACUGAUUGUAUGAUCGCUGCUGCUUCAUUUGAUGAUUUAGUUUGUCAUUGCCAGAAUAAUGUUGAAGUUUUAAAGGAACCGCUCAAAAGUUUUGUGUUUUUUGAAAAGCAGCCAUCAGACUGGUUCCCAGUAGUCACUGUUUGUUUAGUGGAGUCGCUCUGAUUCACUGAUGUGGAGGGAAUAACAGUAAAUCUUGACUCUCAUCAUGAGCAGAUGACACCUGGGGUUUAAGGCAAGCUAAUCCUAAAGCUGACCGUCAGAUCAGAGCCAGGUUUUAUUCAACAGCUGACAGCUGCGCUUCAUGUCUUUUCCAUGUUUGUUUGCUGCUUUUGGCUCGUUUUAAUUUCUAUUAAAAUAUUUGAUGAUUACAA